GGAACCCUAACCCAAGUGUGAAAUCUUGUGGAUUUUUUUUUUCGUUCUCGAUCGACUUCACAGCCAAGCAAGCUGAUGACCAGCAACGACGACGAUGGCAAUCAAAUCGAUCCCAACAAAAACCAACAGCACGCCUACCACUACCAACAAACAACACCAGAAAACCAUCAAACAAACACUCAAACAGAUCAAAGAGACCGAACAACAACUCAAACAAACAACCAACCAAGACCUCAAUCCGAUCGCAGACCUACUAGAACGACUCCAGAAGGAGGUCAAAGCAGCAACUGAAGAAGAAGAAGAACAGAACCAGAAGACAAAGAAACAAGCAACAACACAUCAAGUGACACAUGCACUAAUCUACGCACUCCAUCGGAUAUUCUCAUCGUUGAUCCGACAGGGACGGAUCCAUGGCAGUCCCACGCGAACCAAGGCUCAAGAAGGGCCGGAGGAGGAGGCGAUCAAGCUAGUGAAAGAGUGGCUCAAGACUCAAUACAGCCAGUACAUCGACUGCUUACUCGUCCUGCUCCAUCUGUCUACCACCCAAGAGGAGCAUGGCACACAGAUCGAACUCGACGCUCUCACCAUCCUCAUCAACCUCGUCCGCGCCGAAUCCGACAUCAUCAGGGCCCUCAAAUACCCCUCUCUACCCGAAAUCUCCGCCAAAUUCCCCCCCGCUGGCUUCGAAUCCGCUACCUUCCUCAAACUCGUCAAAACCCUCCUCAUCCCUACUCUCAAACUCCCUCCAAUCCCGCAAUCCGUCAGAGCUGAAUUCAUCCUCCGGUACCUUAACUUCUGUGAUGAUCUCCGUUUCCGAUUCCUCAAGGACGCCACGUUUCUCUGCCAAUCGUCCAACCCUGAAUCAAUACAGCAAGGCCGGAAGAGGAAGAAAGCCAAAACAACAGUGCCUACAGACAAUUCCAAUGCGGACCAAAACAAAGGAUUAACACGGAACCUACUAAUGUACUUAGAGUCGCUGACGACGAUGCCGACGCGCGAGGAGGAGCUCGACCAAUUCUGGACGGGGAAGCCCGAAGAGACGAGUGCAGGAAGCAUGCGGACGCGGAAACGGACCCGCGGGGGAAAGGAGGGCGCUGGGGGCCAGAAGAAGAAGACUCAGAAGACAGCCGACGGGAGCACGGGGAUUUUUGACGACCCAAGCGACUCGGAAGCAUCGGGGCCGGAGGCGCUAGAGCUCGCCCAAGAGCCCCGUGGACUGGGCAAGAACCAACAGCACCCAUUGCUCUCGCUCCGAGCCCAUCAGAAGGCCUUCUCCGACUGCUGGAUUGCCUUCUUAAGUCGCCAGGACCUUGCCGAAUCCGACAUCAAACGCAUCCUCAACCUCCUCCAUGAUCAAGUCAUCCCCCACAUGAUCGACCCUAAGAUCCUCAUGGACUUCCUCGUCGAUUGUCUCGACUAUGGCGGCUCGAUCUCCGUCUUGUCUCUCAAUGCUCUGUUCACUCUCAUCUCUAAACACAACCUAGAUUAUCCUGACUUUUAUACGAGAUUGUAUGCCCUUCUGGAUUCGUCGAUCAUGCACACCCGGCACCGGCCGCGGUUCUUUCGAAUGCUGGAAGUCUUCCUGUCCUCCACUCAUUUACCGGUGAACAUAGUGGCCUCAUUUGUCAAGAAGAUCGCCCGGCUGAGUCUGUUUGCGCCCCCCGCCGCGACUAUCACCGUGGUGCCAUUCUGCUACAAUCUCAUCAAGCUGCAUCCCACCGUCAUGGCCUUGCUUCAUCGACUCCCUGACCCAAACUCCAAGAGUCUCAAAGCUCUCCCAAUCAAUGAUCCAUUCAAGUUGGACGAACCGGAUCCGCUCAAAACGGAUGCUAUCUUUAGCUCGGCAUGGGAGCUCGUCGGCCUCCGAUCCCAUUAUCUGGCCAGCAUCUCCACCCUAUUUAAAGUCUUCCAAGAGUCGUUCGAUAAGCCGAAAUACGACCUCGAGGAUUUCCUUGAUCAUUCGUAUUCUACCUUGAUCGAUACGGAACUUACUCGAAUGAUCAAGAAACCUCCCGCGCUUAGUCUCUUUUCUAUCUCCUACAAGGAACCUGCUUCUUCUUCUUCUUCUUUAACUACUUCUGCCCCUUUGGGUUCGAAAAAGAGUCCAGUUGUGGUGGAUGAUAUUGUUAAUCAGAUGUGGAAGAUUUGAUGUCUGCUCUUGGCUUCUUUCUACUUGAUCUCUUUUUUCUCAUUUCUAUUUGUUUUUGGAAGGGUUUUUUUUUUUUUUUUUUUUUUUUUUGAAAUUGGAAAUCGGAAAUUGGUGCUCUUGCAUAGUCAUACAUCACAGCAGUAAAACAUCCAAAAUAGUUAUCUUUUUUGGGGGGGGGGGGGAGAGGAUUAA